AUGUAUCCAUACAACGGCCAACAGCAGUUUGGUGGUGGAUAUCCGCAAUCCACCGGUUACAAUAACUGGGCCAAUACCCAGCAACAACCUGGAUCGGGUCAGCAACAGCAGUUCAUGCAGCCGUCUUUGCAGUCCCAACAAACCGGAUAUGGAUUUCAGCCCCAAGCUACUGGAUGGAAUCAACAAACUCCACAGUGGAACGGCCAGUUCCAGCAACAGCAGCAGCAGCAGCAGCAGUCCGGGCAGCAAGGAUUCCAGCAAGGAUUCCAACGUCCUGACUACCAGACCAGUUACCAAACGGGAUACCAGAACGGAGUCCAGCCAAUUGCCACUCAGCAGACCGGAUAUCAACCUUCCAUGAUUUCCCAGCAGACUGGAUUUCAGCCUCUUUCUAACCAACAGACAGGAUUCCAGGCAUUGGGUGCACAAAAAACCGGAUUCCAACCACAGACUUCUUUUGGAACCGGUGCUGGCGCACAAUCGAGCUGGCAGCCACAACCUGCUCAACAGCCACUGCAAGCUCAGCCAACAGGUUUCACUUCUUCUUUGAUGACCACCUCUGGCCAAGAAAAUAAGGACAUCAAAAUCCCAAGCAUAAGGCUUUCAUUCAUCACCGCAAGAGAUCAGGAAAGAUUUGAGCAUGCGUUUAGAAUGCACGUUCCCCAGGGAGAGAAUUCCAUCGAUGGCCAAACGGCUAAGCAGCUGAUGAUGAAGUCCGGUCUCAAUGCCACCAAGUUGGCCGAUAUCUGGGCUCUCUCUGAUCUGUCUCGGUCUGGAAGGUUGUUGUUCCCGGAAUUUGCUCUAGCCCUGCAUCUGUGUAACAUCGCUGCCAAGGGUCAGCCUAUUCCUUACGAGCUGCCUUUGAAAAUGAAAAAUGAGGUCAGCAGCUUUGUGGACGCAAUUAGCAUGGCAGUUCCAGACACCCAAAGCACACAGGCUCCAAGCCAAGGACUCUUUAGCCAGCCUACGGGCUUCCAAAACUUCUCGCAACUUCAAAGCCAGGCCACUGGUUUCGGCGGCGCCCAAAAUGGUUUCCAGUCUCAACCACCACCUUCCACAUUUGGUAUGCAGCCACAGCAAACUGGAAUCCAACCCCAGCAUACUGGGUUUGGCGGUCUGCAACCACAACGUACUGGUUUUGGAUUACAGCCGCAACAGACUAGCUUUGGCCUUCAACCACAGCAGACUGGUUUCAACUUACAGUCACAGCAAACUGGCUUCAACCUACAGUCACAGCAAACUGGACUACAACCACAAAGAACUGGAGCCGGCUUACAACCCCAAAAGACUGGAACUUUCAUCCCAUUGACUGCACAGCAGACCAGUGGACUGGUUCCUGUGUCUGCUCAGAAAACUGGUGGAUUGGUCCCUCAGCAGACAGGACUGACAGCACAGCGGACAGGAGGGCUCGUUCCGCAGCAGACUGGCUUAGCUCCACAAAGAACAGGUCUUGCUCCGCAACAAACAGGUCUAUAUCAACAACAGACAGGACUUCUGCCGCAACAGACCGGUUUGGCACCUCAACAGACCAGUUUGCUUCCUCAGCAGACGGGGCUGAUGCCGCAACCUACAGGAUUGACUGCCAUGCCAACUGGAAAACCUGGGCAAUGGGGAUUUGUUUCCGCCCCUACUGGUGGGCUUCCUGGUUUGGACAUGAUGCAAUCUCACUUUAUGCCAAACGCUUCUUCUCAAACGCAUCAGCUUACAAAUGUCAUGGGAGGAUCUACAGCCUCGAAUGUUACCUGGGCAAUCAGUAAGCAGGAGAAAUUGAUCUACGACAACAUUUUCAAGAAAUGGGACUCUUCUCGGAAAGGUUACGUUGAAGGUAGCACUGCAAUUGAUGUGUUUGGUAAGUCUGGUUUGAACAGACAAGAACUUGAAAAGAUCUGGACUUUGGCAGAUACAGGAAACCGUGGUAAGCUGAACAAGGACGAGUUUGCCGUGGCUAUGCAUUUGAUUUACAGACGUCUGAAUGGUUUCGAUAUUCCAAAUGUUCUUCCUCCUGAGCUUGUUCCUCCUUCUUCCAAAUUGUUGUUGGAGAGCAUGAAUGACAUCAAGGGCAAGCUUAUGAAUGAUGCUGGAAGACUAAAGCCUAUUUCCUCAACCAAAUCCUUUGACGGAUCUAGAUACAAAAAUAAUGACGAGGCUAUUGGAUACGUCAGCAAUGCUAGACAUAGAAGCUCGAAGAAGAAGGUCGAGGAGAAGGACAACAGUCAGCUGAAUGUGCAGGAGCUUAAAAAGAAGAUUCACGAGAAGAAGAUCCUGCUCGAGGCCAUUGAUGCUGCCGAUGAAGAUAUCUCCGCUGAUCACGGUAAGCAGCAGGCUCUCAACGAGAUUCAAAUUCUGAAGAUGAAGAUCAAGGACGCACAGGAUAAAUUGAAUGCAUCUGGUUCAGAUUUGGGAUCCAGCCUGCGCGAGAAGCAAAGACUAACGGGUGAUUUGAACAAGCUUACCGACAAGGUUCCCAAACUAGUUUCAGAGCUUGGAUCGAUUGACGACCAAAUUCAAGGUGCCAAGAUUGAAAUUGCAAGACUCAAGAUCCAAAAGGAAAACCCAUCUGGAAUCCAGAUCAAGGGUUCUGGUCGUAACGGUGAGAUCACUGAAGCCGACAAGCGUAUUGCCAAACAGAAGGCUGCUCUUCAAGCAAAGAUGGCUGCUCUCACUGGAAAGCCUGCUCCUAACCUUGACCAAUUUGAGGCUAAUGAAGCCAAGUUGUCUCAAGACAUCUCGCGUAUUUCGAGCGAGACUCAGCAGCAAAAGUCGAUCAUCCAGGACAUUGCUAGUUCCAUCAAUGAACUGGUGAGAGACAUUUCGGACUCUCUUAAAUUGACCAAUUCGUCGCAAGUUGGGUACUCCAAGUGGGAGCUUGGAAAUGACGUCCAAACUGAUGAGGUUAAGCAGUUCAUCAAGGAUCUCAACUCUUCAAAGCCAGCAGUUGCUCCAUCUAGCUCUUCUUCUUGCAGUUCCCAGCCUAGAGCAGUCAAUCAUGCUGGUUCUGCUUCUCCUUCUCCUGCCCCUGUCAAUUCUGCUCCUAAACCAGGAAGCACUGAAGAUCGCGCUCAGAGAAUCAAGGAACAAGCCAGAAGAAGAAUGGACGAGAAGCUCGCGAAACUCGGAAUCAAGAGACCUUCCACUCAAGCUCCGUCUCCUGGUCCGUCAGAAGAGGCUCCAAAGAGUGUUUCUGCGGUUGCGUCUCCAACACCGGUGUCUCAACCGGCACCUGUGCAGACUCUUCCUGUGGCAUCCUCUGCGCCAGAAACUCUUCCAAAAAGAGCACCAAACCCCCCAGCUCCACGUCAGGCCUCGCUAACUAAAGCUAUCGAAGCAAACUCUUCUGAUGACGACGAUGACGAGGAAGAGGAGCUCAAGCGUAUGAUUGCCGAGAAGAAGGCUCUGGAGGCAAAGGAGCGCGAGAGAAAACAAAAGAAAAAGCAAGACAAGGAGGCUCGCCUUGCCAAACUUAGAGCUGAGAUGGAAGAACUCAAGAAGAAGGAGGCUCAAGAAAACGAUUCUAGUGAAGACGACAACGAUGCGUUCGUCGAUGCUCACACAGAACAGGGAUCUACGGUGCCUCCUCCUGCACCUGUUGUGAGUACUCCUUCUGCUUCGAGCGAAUCUGUGGCAACGAGAAGUGUCAACGAUCCACAUAGCAACAAUCCGUUUGCCAAGAUGGCCAAUAACUCGUCUCAGCAGAGCAUACCCAAGAACACUAACCCAUUCUUCAAGCCUGAACAGCCCACACAGCCUACCUAUGAUGCUGGCCGUUUGAAGGCGCAAAGAGAUGCCCAGAGAGGCAAGAGCGCAAGCGAUGACGGCUGGUCUGACUCGGAGAAUGACGAUGACGACGACGAGAUGCCUGCAGCUUCUAAGCAGGCCGAGUUGGCAUCGAUGCUCUUUGGAGGUGGCGGUGUCAAGUCUUCCACGUCCAGUGUGAGCGAGUACGCCACACCGCAACCUGAAGAGCCACCAGCACCUCCUGCUGUUUCUGAAACCAAGGAGGUUUCUCCACCUGUGACUGCUGUUGCCGAGCCCGACUCUGCUCCUGAGACCGCCACCAGUCCUGAGGUUCCUGAGGUUCCUGCUAUUCCAGCAGCUCCGCCUAUCCCUGCUGCACCACCCGUGCCACAGGCUCCGGCAGCCGAGGUUCCUGAGAUUCCAAAGUCAGAGCCUGAGGUUGACGGAGGCGUGCCUCCAGCGGCUCCUCCUCCACCUCCCCCAAUUCCAACAUCAGGGUCGGUCGCUGUGGACUCGCCUGCUGCUGCUCCACCUCCUCCCCCAAUUCCUGGGGCUCCACCUGCUCCUCCACUUGCUUCUGCACCAGCAGUGCCUGCCCCACCUCCACCGGUCCCUGCUGAGGCACCGCCAGUGCCAGCUUCUCCAGCACCUGCCGCCAACGGCGCCCUUGGUAUGGGCUCCAUCAGCUCGCUGCUUGGCGAGAUCACCUUGGGAAAGUCGUUACGGAAAGUUGACGAUAGCGCCAAACACAUUGUGGAAGGCGGUCAAGUUGGAAAAGUUCUAGAUUAA